AUGAAAGUGGAAGAAAAUCGGACAUUGGUUACUGAAUUUGUCUUGGUUGGGUUUGCAACAGAUCCAUUUCUACAAAUAAUCUUCUUUGUGCUCUUCUUGGUCUCCUAUGUCAUAACACUGACUGGGAAUCUGGGCCUCAUGUCCCUGAUCUACCUAGAUUCCCGCUUACACACACCCAUGUACUUCUUUGUGGGUAGCCUUUCCUUCUUGGAUGUCUGGUACUCCUCAGUCUACACUCCUCGGAUCUUGUCUGACUGUGUGUCCAAGAACAACCAGAUGUCCCUAGCUGGUUGUGCAGCCCAGUUCUUCUUCUCUGCUGGCUUGGCCUACACUGAAUGCUUCUUAUUGGCCUUCAUGGCCUAUGACCGCUUUGUGGCCAUCUGCAACCCACUCCUUUAUGUCACUGCCAUGCCCAAGAAGCUAUGUGUCCAGCUAGUGGCAGGAGCUUAUACAGCAGGCUUUGCCAAUGCCAUUGCACACACUGGUAACAUCUUCCGCUUACGCUUCUGUGACAACAAUGUAAUCAACCAUUAUUUUUGUGAUGCACCACCACUUGUGAAGAUGGCCUGUGAUGACACCCAGCUGUAUGAACUCAUUCAGAAUUCUAUCAUAGGCUGCAAUGUGCUUGCAACCACAGCUGUGAUCCUGAGCUCCUACAUUGGUAUUGGGGCAGCCAUAGUCCGCAUCCGCUCAGCCACAGGGAGACGCAAAGCCUUCUUCACUUGUUCAGCUCACCUGGUCUCAGUCACUCUCUUUUAUGGUUCCAUUCUCAUUAUGUACUCCAGAUCGAACUCUCAGCACAGUCCCAAUUGGGACAAGGCAAAUGCAUUGUUCUAUACGGUAGUCAACCCUCUGGUUAACCCUUUCAUUUAUAGUUUACGCAACAAAGAUGUGAAGGAAGCCUUCAAGAAAGUCUGGGGGAGAUUAACAGCACACAAAUAA